CCGACGUUCAAGACGAAUGCGCACGGGCUUAGCAGCUCUUCAUUAAAAAUUAAUCUCUGGAAGACUGAAAGCAAAACAUUGAGGUUUAAGAAGAUAAAGGGGGCUGUUGGAAGACAUAAUUUUAAUAAAAUAUCCAAGCAGUCUUUAUGCCAUGGCUUCACUCCUUUGGAAAGCCAACAGUUUGAUAAGUACUCGUUUGGCGCACAGAGUCGCAGCGAUGGCUCCUCGCCCCCUCGUCCUUUGCGGGCCUUCAGGUGCCGGUAAGUCGACCCUCCUGAAACUGCUGCUGGACGAGUACGGCCCCCACUUCGGGUUCUCCGUGUCGCACACCACACGGUCCCCGCGGCCCGGCGAGGAGCACGGCAAACACUACUACUUCGUCUCCCGCCAGGAGAUGGAGAGGGCCAUCGGCGCUGGGGAGUUCAUUGAGAACGCCGUCUUCUCAGGCAACAUGUACGGCACCAGCAAGAAGGCUGUACAGGACGUGCUGGCCAGUGGGCGAAUCUGCAUCUUGGACAUUGACACACAGGGGGUCAUGCAGGUUAAGAAAACAGAUCUCAAACCGCAUUAUGUUUUUAUCAAACCUCCUUCACUUGAGGAUCUUGAGAAGAGAUUGCGAGCCCGUGGGACGGAGACGGAGGAGAGCCUGGCUAAGCGGCUGAACACGGCACAGCGAGAGCUAGAGUACGGAGCGGUGCCUGGCAACUUCGACAAGAUCAUUGUCAAUGAUGUAGUGGAGAAAGCAUAUAGUGAACUGAGGAAGUUCAUUCUACCAGUCAUAGAGGAAAAGAGCAGCAAAUAAUGACAGCCACAUUAAAGGGACACAAUUUUGUGUUUUAUUUAUUUAGAGCUCUGGUUCAAAAAUAAUGCAUUUGAUUAGCUCUCUAAAGAAAAAGACGUUUCAAAAACAGAGGUUUCGAAUGUCCAGUCUGAAUUUUGGCAGCAUUAAUUAGUAAAAUUUUGUGAUAUAAACUUUUGUGUUCUCAUUGAAAAGUACUUACUUAUAACAGUCUUUAUACAUGAAAACGGUGACAAAUAGCAGGGUCAUGUUUGUAAUAGAUACAUGUAAUACACUGAUAAGUAUGUAUGUAAGUUAAACUGAUCCAUAUGGCAUUUUAUGUAGUCUAUAUGUUAGGAUUUUAGUCAGAUUUUCAGAUUAUUUUUUUCACUUUUUUUCCUUAACAUGUGUGUUUUAAUAGGUAGUAAUGAUGGGCCAAUGCCACUUCACUGCCAGUAAGUGGGAAGUGACUAUUGUUUGCACUUUGUGAUAUGCAUCUCCAGAUAGUAUCAUUAGAUUCCUUUGCAAGCAUUUUAGUUGUGUAAUGCAUUCCUGGAAUGAGAUAUAAUUCAGUAGGCUUUUGACUGUGACUCUACUAAAGAUAUUUUCAUUCAGAUUCUUUUAGCAUUAAGAACUUACAAAAAAUUAUUCUGAGGUUGGUCUCAGAUAGUAGCUGUGUAAUGGACCAAACUGAGGUGUGCAGUACUAUCCAUGUAUGGAGUACAGUAAUGUCUACCUUUUAUGGUUGCUAUUUAAGUGUUUCUGCAGUAGGUUGUACACUGAAAGGUGGAUAACAUAUGAGGCCAGUUAUAUUAAGCAUAAUAUAGGUUGUGAAUGCUGCUGUUUUAUGCUGGUGCCUGUUCUAAGAAAUAUUGGUAUUAACCUAAUCUUACAACCAUGAUUAAUAAUGAAAGCCUUUACAGUGCUAGUUGAAGAAAAAAAAUAUGUGCUACCUCCAUAAAUGUUUAUAUAAUGAAAAAUGGGCAUUUUCAUUACCUGCCAUUGCAAUGUAAUACGGAUGCAGUAUUUAUAAGCCGUUUUUAAAUUUAUUGUAGACAAGUACAAGCAUUGCCCAUAGCUUGUUAAUACCAUUUGUGUCAUUAUUGCAGGCUGUGUUUUGUAGGAUGUUUGUAAAAUGCACUUGAUAUUUGCUGAUGGAAAUUAUUUAUAUUAUUUUCUUAUAUUUUGGGUGUUUCUCCCAUUAACUUGAAUAUUGGUUCUUCAGUUAAAUUGUAUUUAUUGUAGAAGUAUGGUGACCAAAUUCUCAUUGGACUCAGAUUCUAUUAUCCAUUGAGAUUAAAUUAACUCGCCAAAAUAUCAUAAAUUGAAUUAAAACCCAUGCCAACAUAGGAGAAACUAUUAUACUUAGAGAUGAUUUAGGGAAAAAUACGUCUGGCUAUUUUCAGUGUUUCUGGAGUUGAUUCUUACUUGCUGAUUAUCAUUAUUAUUUUUUUGUUUUUGUUUUUGUUUAUGUAAGAAAAUUAUUUUUUUGAGAAAAUGUAUUUUUUUAGAUUUGCAAAAUGUACUACUAUACUGAUAUAAAAUAAAAGCAUUGUUCAUCCUGACUUGCUGUUUUAUGUAGAAUUGGUUUGACAGUAGACAAGAGUUUUAAGAAAAAAGUUCUAUAAAAGUAAAUGCUUCAAAAGAUCA